AUUUGUUGUGACUUGUCUUCAAGGUUUCGCGGGACUAAUAAACUCAUCCUUUUUCUGGUAAAAUACCUCCAUAUAAUGCACACGUCAUCUGAACAAAAUAUCUACAUAGGAGAACAAGUGAAUUCAUUUGCAGACCAAACUACCAGUCGGAGAUUUAGUCGUCCCGUAGACCAGUCUUUACAACAUAACAGUCUGACAUCUCGUACAAUGAACUUAAACAGAAUGUUCAGUCAUGGAAUAUCAAUGCCAGUUUCUGGAACGUGGCAUCCAACCGACUUCAGGCAGCCCGACUACUUACUUCUUCAACCUACACCUAAAAGACGACGAACUUCGUCCGGAUCAACAGGACUUUCUCGCCGAUAUUGUACAUCUUCCAGGAAUGGUCAUUUUUCUGGCGAUUUACCGGUGCAUUCAUCUAGAAAUCUUUCCUAUAUGUCUGAAAUGGUUAACCAUCGCUUUAUCAGAUCGUUGGAUUCACGUAAUUCCGAAAACGUUUUCCAAAAUAAUAUUUUUAUGAAUGCCCGUCCGAUACAUCAGCAUUGGCCCCAGGUACUACCAACAUCUCAGCAUCCUAAUCGUUGGCAGAAUGAACUUCGACAGGUUACCAGUUUAGUAUCUGUCGCUGCUGUCGCAGCCGCCGCCGCAGCUGCUGCUACACAAAAUAGUACACACUACCAACAGUCUUUCAUAUCACCGACUACAACUGUCAGUUCCUCAGAGGUACCUUGUCCUAGUAGUCAGCAUUAUGUUGAUAUUACACCACGAGCGGCUAGAGGUUUUACUUCAUCUAGAUCUAGUUUUGUUAAACGCCCAAACUAUCAAUUUUCAUUUUCUAAUGGAGUUGGAAGUAAUAAAAGAAGAUCGCACUUUCCAGAUGCUAAUGAAACCCAUAGUCAAAUUAUUAUCAACAAUGGACAUUCAUAUCAUGAAUUCGCUGUCACUGAUAAAGAUCUACCUUUACCGUCACCAUCCUCUUUCUCAUCAUCAUUAACAUCUGCAUUACUUUGUAAUCCUCAAUUGAAUUCUUGCCCACCAGAUAUGAUUGGUUCAUGUACUUCAUGUACUCGUCAUAAUUUACAAUCUGAAAGUAAUUAUGCCACUAUUCGACCUGAUUCAGAAAAUACUAUCAACUGUAGUCCUGAGGAAGAAUCUCCCGAUUCCAUUGUAACAAGUGCUACAGUUGGUAAUGCUGCAGGUCUAAUUCAUCGAACUGUGGUUGAACAACUAGAUCUACUGACAACUGUUCAGAAUUCAUCUCAUCCUGUUUUAUCAUCUCAUGACACUGAUCAUAAUAAUGAUUUGUUAUCAUUUACAUAUGUUACAAACUGUAAUACUGCUCCAAUUGUCGAAUCAAAUAAUAACAAUAAUGAGUCAAUGAUUAAAUCGAUUGAUGACUCUCAUCAUCGUCACCACCACCACCACCAACAACAACCAGUCAUUCAUACAAUAAAAUCUAAUAAUAUUAAACUAUCACAAACGGAUCUUCAUCAUCAGUCCAGUUCAGUUAUGUCAAAUAAAAAUCCAAUCACCUCUUGUUUUAAUGACUUCAACUCAAAUAAACCGAACAGUUCAUCAGUACCUUAUUGUAAUAUCGACGAAAAUAUACAGUUGACAUCACCUUGUUUUUCUCAUUCUGAAUUCAAUGAGUCAAGUACAAACUUUGUAAUGUCAUCUACUUCUCAAACGGAAGAUGGUGGUGGUGGUUGUGGUGAAGAAGCUACUGUUGUGGCAGCAGCGGCGGUCGUCGCCUCUGCUGCAGCUCAUGCAGUCGCUGCUGCUGCUCAAGCUGUUUCUGCUGCUGUUCAUCAUCGACGAGCAUCAUCAUCAUCAUUAGAUCAAACAAUUUCAUCACAAUUGAAUGAAUCUAUUCGUAUGCAUACAAUACCUAAUCAAUCGACUAUUCAUCAUCCACUUAUGAAUUGUUCAUCAUCUGUUGGAUGUUACAAUAACUAUCCCUCGACAAAUCAAUUGGUUUCUUCUGAUCUAUAUCAUCAUCACAAUGGACAUAGUAGCAUGUUACAUGAGCAUAGACUAAAUUAUAGACAACCUCAGUUACUAGCCAAUCUAUCAUCUGGAAAUAUGUUGAAUUCCUUUAGUAUUCAGCCAUCCACAACUUGUAAUUUCUCUUCGUCUCAGUCUAUUUUUCAUCCUUCAAAUUUAUACUCAUCUAUGUCUAUUGACAACAGAAGUGAUAAUUUCACCUGCGACUCAAGAAUCAAUUUACACAUUCCGAAUAUUUGCACAGGCCAAAUUCCAUCGUCUUCUAUGUUACAUCCAAUUAUACCGGCUUUCUCCAACUCCAAUGGUUUAACUCUCAUUCAAAGUACUAAUGAAUUUGUGAACGCUUCUUAUCCACUGGCAACAGUCCGACGUAUUACAAGUGAACCGCCCGACAACAGUUUUGAGUUUACAAUGCGUACUUCAGGAUUUACUGGACCCCAUACAGCACGACCACAUUUCAUCACUACACCACUGACCUUCUCAAAUAGCGUGGAAUCAACUUUACUGAACAGUAAUUUUUCAACUCCUAUCAAUCCAUCCCAUUAUCAUCAGUCAUCUGUCCAUCCGAAUCUAACUACAGUGGCUACAGAAGUUGCCGCUGCUGUUGCAUUAGCUGCAAAUCAUUCAUCAUCAUCUGUCAUCAAUCGAUGUACUGAUCCUAGCCAAAUAAGUUUCUUGCCAAACAAUAUUGUAGGCUUAUCAUGUGGCUCUUCUAACCCAUCCUUUUCCCCAUAUUUCCCUCCAUCAUUUCCUUCCGUUACUCCAAUUCCUCUACUACCGUUAAGAUCACCACAGUUAUCGGUCAUCGGUUCGUCUACACUGGCUACAACUCGUGGAGUAAAUACUUUACUACAAUUUCUUCGAUUAAUUCAUCAAAGACCUGACUCCUAUGCAUUGCCCUAUUAUCCUUCUGCUAUGACCGCUACAGCUGGUGGCUCUAAUCAAAGUGUUGUUGUCAGUGCUUCAGCUGGGAUAGCUAAUGGAACUCGAGUUGCAUCAGCUGUUACACCACCUCUAUUGUCACAUCAUCCUAUUGUUCCUCUUCAAGCAUCGUUUUUAUCUAAUUAUACAGAAAGAGAACAUAUUACUACACAAGCUAAUAAUCUAUUCAUAAAUAAUCAACAAACAUCGAUCUCACCAUCAAUUGGUAUUCAGCCAAUCACUUCAGCUACUGCUGCAUUCGCCGUUGCUAUGGCCGCUGCUGUUGCUUUACAACAACAAAAUCAUAGACAUUCAUCAUCAAAUGCCAUCUCUAUGCUUACAUCAUCUAGAGUUGCACCGACUACACCUUCGAUACCAGUCCCAAUAUUGCAUGCCCAUUUAUAUUAUCCUAGAAAUGUAACAACUGUACAACAAUUACAUAAUGCACAUCAACAAUGCUAUCAUAAUCACUAUGGCAGUAGUGUUGGUGGUGGGGUACAGUAUCACAGCAGUCAUUCUCAAAGACCUGCUUCUACGCCUAAUACAUCAGCAAGUAAUUGUUCAUCAAUUAAUCCGGUGAAUUCGUUAUUUUCAGCCUCUAGUGUCGGUGUCAGUGGUGGUGGUACUACAUCGCCAGCAUGUUUAUCCAAUUUAUUCCCAUUUUUAUUAGCUGUCCCUCCACCACCUACAGCACUAUUACCAUUACCAUCUCCUGUUUCAAACAAUCCGUCCACUACAAAUUUCGCUGUCAGUGACUUAUCAGAAACAUUAUUUGCUCAUUAUACUGCUGCUGCUGCUGCUGCCGCCGCUGUCGCCACUGACCAUUCUACUGUAUUUUCACACAGAAAUUCAAUUUUACCUCAAGUCGUGCCGGAUCCAACUUCAGCAGCUACGGCGGCCGCGGCGGCAGCUGCUGUUGCAGCAGCGGCUGCGGCGGCUAGUGUCGAUCAACUUUUACAUUUGGCAGUUCAAUUAGAAUCGAACAAUGGUCGUGGUCUUAGUAAAGAGGAAUUGGAAAGUUUACCUAUUCGUUUGUAUACAUCAAAACAUUCUGACAGUUUAUCUAGUGAUAAACAGAACACGACUAUUUGUAAUGAAGUAAAAACCAACGCACAGAAUGAUGUGUCUGAAUGCGAUAGAUGUAUGAUUUGUUUAGAUGAUUAUGCAGAUAGUCAACAAAUUCGUCAAAUGCGUUGUUUGCAUGAAUUUCAUGCAAACUGUGUUGACAAAUGGUUAAAGACCAAGCGUACAUGUCCUCUAUGUCGUGCUGAUGCAUUCACUGGAAGUCAACGUAAAGAUGAUUACUUUUAAGGAAACAAUAGACAAGCAAAGCAGAAAAAAGAACAUAUAUUGUCAUUAUUAUUACUAUUUAUUUACUUUGCAAUUUCUUAUAUCAAACUUCAUUUGAUGAAGAAAACAUUCUGUACCACUAUGAAAAGCAGAAGAAAAAAAAAUUUAUUUAUACAUCAAAGUAGUUUGUUUACAAUUCACUUUUGUCUUAUCUUCCUUUUUUUUAAAAAAAAAUUAUCUCAAUCAUGUUUUUUGCCCGGUCUUGCUUGUUCUACUAUUGUGCUUUUUUUUUACUCAAUUCUCGUCUUGUUCAAUGGGUUGAUUAUUUUGUGAAGACAGAGGAAAUUAACAACUUUACUCGGUUACUAUUAUUACUUACUUACUUCUUACUUACUUAGUCACUCAUUUACUUCUCCGCUCGCUGUGUUAUCUCUCCCAUCAUCCAUAUGUUUGUGUGUGAGUAGAGUUGUUUCGUGUGUGUACGUAGUGUGUGCGUUUGAUGUUGUUGUGUACAAUCAGACUAACUCUUCAAUUUAUUUGGUUGAUUUCACGCAUUUAACUUUCCUUUAUAUAAUUAAUGGGUUUUUUUACAAUGAAUAAAAUUGGGAAAUAAUUGUUUAUUAUUUGUGAAAUUAUUUUUGUUUGUUAAUUCUUUUCUUUCGGAGGUCUGUUGUUUUGUUUCGUUUUUGUUUUUAUAUAAAAAGUAAUGAUAACUUUUGGUAAAAGACAAUUUUCUUUUUUUUUUUACACCAGCACUUGUGUAUUUGAAUAAUCGUGCAUGCUUAUUGUUGCGAAAAUUUCUCACUCGCUCAUUCAUUCACUCACUCACUCUCUCUCUCUUUUUGUUUCUACCUACCAGCACACAAUUAUUUUGCUAUUGACAGAAAACUGAAAAACCACAACAGUGAUUUUUCAUAUUUGAAAUACCAACUUGUUUUUCUGUGCAAUAAGUAAAAUGGUUUUGUUCUUACGUAAUAUUUUGGUUUCUCAAUCAUGUUUAUUGUCGUUAUGUUGAGAUUAUUUGAUUUUGCACUUAAUUUUGAUAGCAGCUUAUUAACUCUAUUAUAUUUGUUUAUAUCAUGUGCAUUUAUGUAUUCUCGCGUUGAUAAUGAUUUAUCUAUCUGCUCACAUUCACACAAGGCUACUAUACUCAUUUGUUUGAUUAUUUGUUCAGUAAAUAUAUAUGUAUACUCUUUCAUUUUUGGUCACAGCUAUUCACUAUGUUUGACCUCGCAUUAUAUAUAUAUGAUCAGGAAUAACGAUCGCUAUUAAGAUUUCCUGUUAGCCUACAAUGAAUUUUAUUUACGG